AGGGGAACUGGAAAUAUGAAACUAGGAAUUGGGUACGGGUGCUUUUGUUUGUUCCCAGACGUUUCCUGAGGGUUCUCAAUGAUGGGGAACUUCAUCCCUCUUCAUGGAGGAGUGGAGCUCCCACUCCCCGAAACCCUAAUGGUUAAUCCUCGCACCGUUUUUGCACUCCAUCGUGUCUCGUAUCAGGCGUCUAACACGACUCCCUUGAAACUCAUCGUCGCCAUCGUCCACGCAGCGUCGAAGUGCAGAAUGAAGUGCAAGGCUGGAGUUUGAACUUUUGAAUGUCCUAUUCAGCUGGGUAUUGUGGUUGACCUGCACUAGUCAAUCCUUUAAACUACAGAUAGGAGAGUAUUUUUCAGAUAAUUGGCCGGUAUGUCGCAGCCUGCAGUGUCAGUUUCGGCGGGUUCAGUGUCUGCAGCGCUGCCUAAUGUAACUCCAGCAGCUCCUACAUCAGUUUCCACCCCUUUUCUGGGGGAUGCGGUGAUUCCCUUGGUUAACAAGCUUCAGGACAUAUUCUCACAGCUGGGCAGUGCCUCCACUAUCGACUUGCCCCAAGUGGCAGUAGUUGGAAGCCAAAGCAGUGGGAAAUCUAGUGUGUUAGAAGCUCUUGUAGGACGUGACUUCUUGCCAAGAGGUUCGGAUAUAUGCACUCGGCGGCCUCUAGUGCUGCAGUUGGUGCAGACCUCACGAAGGGCUGAGGACCAAACCGAAUUAGUAGAGUGGGGUGAGUUCCUACAUAUUCCUGGUCGGCGCUUUACAGACUUUGCAGCCAUCCGGAAAGAGAUUCAGGCUGAGACCGACAGGGAGCUUGGAACCAACAAGGGUAUUUCUGAGAAGCAGAUUCGCCUGAAAAUUUUUUCCCCCAAUGUUUUGAACAUCACGCUUGUGGAUCUACCUGGAAUUACCAAGGUACCUGUUGGCGAUCAACCUAAUGACAUCGAGGCCCGCGUUAGGACUAUGAUUUUGUCCUAUAUUAAACACGAGACUUGCAUAAUAUUGGCAGUCUCUCCUGCAAAUGCAGAUUUGGCAAACUCAGACGCUCUGCAAAUGGCACUCAUGGCGGAUCCUGAUGGAUCUCGAACCAUUGGAGUGAUCACAAAAUUGGAUAUAAUGGACAGAGGAACAGACGCCCGGAAUUUCCUGCUCGGAAAUGUCAUACCAUUACGUCUUGGCUAUAUUGGAGUUGUUAAUAGGAGUCAAGAGGAUAUUAUCGCAAACAAGUCCAUUCGAGAUGCUCUGGCCUAUGAAGAAAGUUUCUUCAGGAGCAAACCCGUGUACCAUAAUUUGGCUGAUAGGUGCGGGGUCCCUCAGUUGGCGAUAAAAUUGAACACGAUUUUGGUGCAGCACAUUAAGUCAAUUCUUCCAGAUUUGAAAGCCCGCAUAAGCACUCAGAUGAUCACUCUUCAGAAAGAGCUUGCUGGAUACGGAGAGAUCACGGAUUCCAAAUCAGGGCAAGGGGCAUUGUUGCUAAAUAUUCUGACCAAGUAUUCUCAUGGCUUUCAAUCUGUUGUUGACGGGAAGUACGAAGAAAUGUCAACUACAGAGCUCUCUGGAGGAGCCCGGAUUCAUUACAUUUUUCAAGCUAUUUUUGUGAGAAGUUUGGAGGAGGUAGAUCCAAACGACGAUUUGACUGAUGAUGACAUACGGACAGCUAUACAGAACGCAACAGGACCCAAAAAUGUACUUUUCGUACCGGAGGUGCCUUUUGAGGUGCUAGUACGCCGACAAAUUGCUCGGUUAUUGGAGCCCAGUCUACAAUGUGCUCGGUUUAUUUAUGAUGAACUUGUGAAGAUUUCACAUAGGUGUGAAACGCUUGAGUUGCUAAGGUUUCCACAUCUGCGAAGACGCAUCGAGGAAGUUGUAGCUAGUUUCUUGCGUGAAGGUUUGUCUCCCGCAGAAACCAUGAUUGGUCAUCUCAUUGAAAUGGAGAUGGAUUACAUCAAUACGUCGCAUCCUGCUUUUAUUGGUGGUAGCAAGGCUGUGGAAAUAGCUUUGAAUCAGCAACGGGGUGCCAAGGCUUCCAAGGACUUGCAUGAUUGGAAGGAACCAGGGUCUGAGCGUCCCCCUUCCCUACCAGAGAAGCAAGCAAAAGCUCGUGCAAUUUUGGCUCGAACAAAUGCUGCAUCACUUGCUUCUCAUGAGCCAGUUGUACCAAGGCCUCCGGUUGGGUCACAGGAGAAGGUUAGCACUGUCGGUAGUGUUGGAUCUGGAAGCAGCUGGGGAAUAUCCUCAAUUUUCUCUAGCAGUGAAAGCCGCCAACCUGUGAAUGGCAGCAGUAAGGAGCAUGCACCUAUUCGAAGCUACUCCGAACCUACACCGGGACUUUUAGAAUCGCCACUUUCCAGCAUUCAGUUGCGUGAGCCACCAGCUACUCUUAGAGCGAAUGAUGCUCAAAGCGAGCAAGAGACCGUGGAAAUCGCUGUUACUCGGCUGCUAUUAAAGUCCUACUAUGACAUCGUGCGGAAGAAUAUACAAGACUUAGUGCCAAAAACUAUCAUGCAUUUUUUGGUCAACCAUGUGAAAAGAGAGCUUCAUAGCGUAUUCAUCAGGAAGUUGUACAGGGAGAAUUUGUUUGAGGAGAUGCUUCAGGAAAAGGAGGACAUCGCCGUCAAGCGGAAGCGCUGCAAGGAGAUUCUACGAGUUCUACAGCAAGCUAAUUGGACAAUUGAAGAACUUCCAUUGGAAUUUGAAUCGGCAUCACGACCUGCCUCGAGCUUUGAUGCAACAGGGCUACCUCCUCCUGCUACGAAAGGUAGUAAUAUGGCUCCAGCAUUGCAUGCCCUCAUUAAUGGUGAUUAUGCUGGAGUUCAUUCUACUUUAGGUUACUUGGGAUCGCCGAGAGGUUCGAAAUCGAAGAGGAACUUCCUCCCAGAGCAUUCUAUAAACGGAGGAAUGGUCUCAAACCACAGCUGAUCAUUCUGGAGGGUGGGUGAAAGUAGUCAUUGUAGAGACACUUCCAGAUGUGCCUAGUGAACUUCAGGAGGUUGAAUUUGCUAUCACUUGUAUCAAAGUAUCAGUCCUUUAGGUUAACGACAUUUUUUCUGGGUAAACUGGUAGUUUCUAGUCAGGCAUUCUAUAUAUUCUUUUCAGGAUAUUUCUAAGAUAAUUUAGUUGAAACCCUUGCACAUACUGUUGAAGGUUCAACACUUAAUAUGUGGACUUAGCAUUGGGAACGGAGCAUUGCAACGGUGAAAUUGAAGUGUGCCAGCUGAUUUUGUCAAUCUUCUGUAAUUUUCGUUUUCCUUAAGACGUAAAGAGUGGUGAGCAAGAGACUUGUAACUCGAUAAUGCAGUUGGGACGGCCAGGUUUGAGCUCAAUAUCGUUUUGGGUCACUGAAGGUUCUGCCCUUUUCUUU